UUGGUAGAGAUGCUGCCAACUGCCGUUCUGCUGGUCUUGGCAGUGUCUGUGGUCGCUAGAGAUAACACCACGUGUGAUGGCCCCUGCGGGCUACGGUUCAGGCAGAACCCGCAAGGGGGCAUGCGUAUCAUCGGUGGGCAGCCCGCAGCGCUCGGGGCCUGGCCCUGGAUGGUCAGCCUCCAGGUCCUCACGUACCACGACAAUCGGCGGUAUCACGUGUGCGGGGGCACCUUGCUCAACGCCCACUGGCUGCUCACUGCUGCUCACUGCUUCCGGAGCAAAACCAAAGUUACCGACUGGAGGCUGAUUUUCGGAGCAAAGGAAGUCGUGUGGGGAAGCAAUAAGCCAGUGAAGCCGCCUCUGCAGGAGAGAUACGCUGAGAAAAUCAUCAUUCACGAGAAAUACUCCCCGGGCUCAGAGGCAAACGACAUCGCUCUCAUGAAGAUCACCCCUCCUGUUCCCUGUGGGUACUUCAUUGGACCAGGCUGCCUGCCCCAAUUUCGGGCAGGCCCACCCAGAAUUCCCCAGACAUGCUGGGUGGCUGGCUGGGGAUUCUUAAAAGAGAACGUCCCCAGGAUAUCACCUAUACUGCAGGAGGCACGUGUGAACAUCAUCGACCUCGACUUAUGUAACUCGACCAGCUGGUACAAUGGGCGCAUUCGUUCAACCAAUGUGUGCGCAGGGUAUCCUGAAGGCAAGAUUGACACCUGCCAGGGGGACAGCGGCGGGCCUCUCAUGUGCAGAGAGAGCGUGGAAAACAGCUACGUGGUCGUGGGAAUCACAAGCUGGGGGGUAGGCUGUGCCCGAGCUAAGCGCCCCGGAGUCUACACGUCUACCUGGUCCUAUCUGAACUGGAUUGCUUCCAAGAUUGGUUCUAAUGCUUUGCACAUGAUUCAGUUGCCCACCCCUCCCCCUCCUUCUACUUCAGCCCCCGCCACUAAACCCGCCUCCACUCAGCCUUCUAUUCGCCCGCCUUGGUACUUCAAACACCCUCCUCGACCACCUCCCUCCCAGAGCCCCACUGCAGUGGCCCGACCCCAACCCGCAGCUCCACCGCCCCCCCCUCCCCCCCCUGCCCCCCCUCCCCCACCGCCACCUUCCACUAAACCUCCCCAAGCACUUUCUUUUGCCAAGCGACUACAGCAGCUCAUAGAGGCCUUGAAGGGGCAGGCCUUUUUUGACAGAAAGUGCACUUAUGAAAUGGAGACCACAGACAUCCCAGAGCAGCCUGCCUCCUUCUGAUCUGACCCCCUUCUCAACGGACCCAUUGAACCCCUCACUCCUGAGGAAAAAAACUCGAAAUAACUGAUUAUAGAUACAAAUAUAAAUAUAUGUAC